AUGGCUUCGAGUGCCUUGGAAGGGUCCAAUGGCACUGGCCUAAGGGAUCGUUCAAAGGGAGAUGGGAAAAUGGAAACUUCGACCGCAAUAAAAGAGGUGGAGGUAAUCGAGAGCGUUGACAACGAGGACGCUUUAAAACCGGGGAAAACUUUUGGCCGGACUCCCGACGGAACAACUUUCGUUGUUCCCCAGACUCAUGACAUGGUCUCUACUCUACUUUCACCUAGACAGCCCAAAAAUUUGUCAGACAUUGUCAUCCUCGUUAUUCUCGCCAUCCAUAUCGCCCUUUUGUUUCUCCUUCCGCCGUCACUACAGUCGCCCAUUUUGGGUUGUCUCUUUGCCCUUUGGCGAACUUCGUAUAAUUUCGGUAUUGGUUAUCUGCUUCGAAAUCAAUCGAAUCACAAGCGUCUAGUCUGGUGGGCGCGGAAAUCUGGUAUCUUCGAUGCGAAGCAGAACCCUCGCAUCUGUGCACUUGUUAAACACGAGAUCGAGGCAAAGAUAUCUGACGAGGUCAGGAGCGGGGAUUAUGUUUUCGAGAAGGCCCCCAUAGAAUACAAUACCUGGUUGGUGUUCAGGAGGGUAGUCGAUCUUGUCCUUAUGUGUGAUUUUGUGAGCUAUGUGCUAUUCGCCAUAUCUUGUGCACAUGUACCUGCCGGAGAGGGAUGGGGGUUAACUGCCGGGCGGUGGAUUGGCGGGAUUGUCUUGUUCAUGUUCAAUUUAUGGGUUAAGCUUGAUGCUCAUAGAGUUGUGAAAGACUACGCUUGGUACUGGGGAGACUUCUUUUUCUUGGUUGACCAGAAUUUGGCAUUCGAUGGUGUUUUCGAAAUGGCACCUCAUCCUAUGUAUUCUGUUGGGUACGCCGGUUAUUAUGGGAUAUCUCUGAUAGCAGCAUCAUAUCCGGUCUUGUUUAUAUCACUGGCUGCCCAUGCCGCACAAUUCGUAUUUUUAUCGGUUGUCGAGAACCCACAUAUUGAUAAAACAUACAAUGCUCCGGCGCCUCGUCGUAGAUCAACACCACCUCCUACCAGGCCUCUCUCUUCUGAUGGGAAGGAGUCUUACACUGCAAUUUUGGCGGAUGAUUACACUCAUGCCGUCAAGGAACGCAAGCUUCUCGGGAAACUCGACAUGUUUUAUAAUACACAUCUGUGCACGGCUCUCCUUGUUUUCUACUUGGCGGUGGGUGCGAUGGUGACACCGAACACACCGAUGAUCAAGGUGAUAUUUUUGCUUCAUGCUUUUGGGUGGAGAGUUUGGCAUACCGUCGGUAUCGGUUCGAUUCUUGUUGGGCAGAGCCAUAACAAGGCUUGGUUCAGACAUUUUUUGAAAUUCGGCCAAACAAGGGAGGAGGCCUGGGAUCAAUGGAAAGGACUCUACCAUGUGUCCUUGGUUAUGUGCCACACCUCCUUUUUCAUUGCCGGGUGGAAAUUCUACAAUCUUCCAACCGGGCAAGAAGGGAUGGUUCUAUUUAGGCAUACGCUGGGAAUCUUACUCCUCGCGCUUCAGAUGUGGACCGCCGCUUCGAUACACGAAUCACUCGGGGAGUUUGGAUGGUUUUUUGGCGAUUUCUUUUUUGAGCAGCCAACACCACAUCUUACCUAUUCUGGAAUUUACAGGUACCUUAAUAACCCGGAGCGCUUGAUUGGCAGCGCAGGAAUUUGGGGAAUAGUUUUGAUCACUUCUUCGCAGGAAAUAUUCAUGUUGGGUCUAUUCUCUCACGUUUGCUUGUUGCUUUUUAUCCAAUUUGUGGAGCGGCCGCAUAUGGAGAAACUUUAUGGCAGUCAAAUCCGCAAGGAAGCCGGUGUGGUCAAGACAAUCAAGAAAGCCAUGCCUCCACCAGUCGCUGAUGGCGUGAAAUCGUUCCAGGGGUCAAUUGAUAAGGCCCUUGCAGAUGUUGGUGAAUUCAUUGAGGAGUUUUUAGAAACUGCAAAGCCUAAGCUUACGCAGGGUGUCAUGGGUGUGGUUAAGGACACGCAACUGCUUAUUUCGCACUACCCUGCUGAUCUGUCGCUCACGUUCCUCGCGGACGGUCACGCCAAAUACGACGCAAAGAAAUACUCGAUCGCCAUUUUGAAUGCUGUUAGAGAGACCAAGGAUGGCAUUGCAACAGGCCUAUCUGUAGAAUUUGGACAACCUAUCAGAAUUGUCUGGACUGCCCCUGUUAACCAUUCAAGGUUAGAUUGGAUCGGGCUCUAUAGAAUUGCCGAUAACGCCUCUCGAGAGGUUACGAGGAUCGCCUCUAUGGGCCGCUGGACCGCCCUCUGCAAGGACGAGUACGAUACCGACAUUGCGGAGAAAGGAAUCAUAAGCUCUGAUAUUAAGACCCUUUUUCCUGAGAACCCUAACGAGGAAAUCCUUACGGGUGAGCUGGAGUUUGGCGGAGACAAGACCUUCUGGAGCAAUGGAGUCUAUGAGUUCAGAUACCACCACGACGGAAAGCACAAGGUUAUGGCAAUCUCAUUGCCCUUCGAGGUCAUCAUCAAUAAAGCACCACUUGCAGCUGACAAGACUGAAGAAGAGCAUUUCAUUGAUAUGCAGGAGAUGCAAGAAAGCGUUGAGAAUUACUUGUUCCCGGUUAUUGUUAGGUGUUUCGAUAAGGACCAGGAUAUAGCACCCGGCGAUGUCGCGGAUGAGUUUGGUGGCCUAGGUGAUGGAAAGUAUGCUAAGAGGAUUGUGUACGCUGUCAAGGAAAUGUUUGGGGUUGAUUUCGCACCAGAGGUUGUCCAAGCCGAUGGAAAUGUCAGACGCCUUGCCUGGAGGAUAUGCAAUGCAAAGAGAGUAUUGGCUCCCUUCAGCAUGAACACCUCCGGCACCCCUUCUCCAUUUGCGCCUGAACGUUAA